CUGAGCCAAUCCACAGCGUACAAAGUCCCAUUUUGUAAAAGCGGGAGGAAAAAGCCUCAGCAUGCUGAGUGGGCCAAGCAUGAGUCUCGAUCUGUCCAAGCAGUGCCUUUGCCUGGCUUUCCUGCUUAUCCAUCUCCUGGGACAGGUCGCUGCCACUCAGCGUUGCCCCAACCCAUGCCCAACCCGGUGCCCGCAGACGCCGCCGACCUGCGCCCCUGGGGUGAGAGCGGUAUUGGACGACUGCUCGUGUUGUCUGGUGUGUGCCCGCCAGCGCGGCGACAGCUGCUCGGAGAUGGAGCCGUGUGAGGAGAGCCGCGGACUCUUCUGCGACCGCAGAGCGGACCCCAGCGCCCAAACUGGAAUCUGCAUGGCAAUAGAGGGAGAUAACUGUGUGUUCGACGGGGUCAUUUACCAAAGUGGAGAGACCUUCCAGCCCAGCUGCAAGUACCAGUGCACCUGCCAAGACGGGCAGAUUGGCUGCGUGCCUCGCUGUGACGAGGACCUGCUACUACCCCAACCUGACUGCCCAGUUCCAAGAAAAGUUGAAGUGCCCGGGGAGUGCUGUGAAAAGUGGAUCUGUGACGCAAAUGACACGGAGGCAUUAGGGGACCUGCAUGCCCUUCCAGCCUACAGGACAGACGCCACUCUAGGAGUCGCAGUCUCUGACUCAGGUAUCAACUGCAUCGAACAGACCACAGAGUGGAGUGCCUGUUCCAAGAGCUGCGGCAUGGGCUUCUCCACCCAGGUCACCAACAGGAAUCCCCAGUGUGAGAUGGUGAAGCGCACCCGGCUCUGCAUGGUGCGGCCCUGUGAGCAAGAGCCCAGGCAACUGGCAGAUAAGAAAGGAAAAAAGUGCCUCCGCACCACGAAGUCCCUCGAAGCCGUCCACCUGCAGUUCAAGAACUGUACAAGCCUGCACACCUACAAGCCCAGGUACUGUGGAGUCUGCAGCGACGGCCGCUGCUGCACCCCGCACAACACUAAGACCAUCCAGGUGGAGUUCCAGUGCACCCCAGGGCAGAUCAUCAAGAAACCUGUGAUGGUCAUUGGGACCUGCACCUGUCACAACAACUGUCCUCACAACAACGAGGCUUUCCUCCAAGACUUAAAGCCGAACACCAGCAGAGGGAAAAUGUAACCUGGGUCCCUGGAGAAAGCAGCACAUCUACAGAGGCAAACCACAGCUACUGCGGGACCCAUCAUGCAAAGUAUAUGAGAAAACUGACGAGAAUUGUGACUUCACCCCUAAGUGCUAUGUAUUUUGUGUGGGCAUAUGAGGUCAGUCAUGGUAACUCUCUCUUUUUUUUUUAAUGAAAAAUAUAAUUAACUGUAAACUUGGAAUCAAGGUAAGCUCAGGAUAGUGCUUAGGGAUGACUUACUGUUCUAUAGUGUUUACUGCAGAUGAAAAUUUCUAUAAAUUUAAGAAAUCAGAUAUAGGUUUUACUGUAUAGAUUGUAUCACAUUACACUUACCUUACUUUGUAACAUAUUAGUGCAAUUUCAAGAAAAUGUCACUGUAAUGAAGGACUCAGUGAAGUCCAGGAUCAUAGUGAUCAUGUCAUCAUGCAAAUAUUUCGCCAUAGAUUGAGGUUUGACUUGAGAGGACUCUCUUGAGCUCUUUUGGAGGAGCUCAACUCGGAACUUUCAAGUCCAAGCUCCAAGGAAACACAGAGCUCUUCCACUUGAAAUCCAGAGUCCAUUCAUUUUGUUGUUGUUGUUGUUGUUUAGUUGUACACUAGGAAAAGAACUGCACCCACAGUAAUACAAUGUCACAGUUAAUUGAGUGGACUAGUGUCAUAAACUUGCUUCACUUCAGACAAAUUGACUCCUUUCCAGUAGAAAGAAGCCGAACAGAGCACUCCCCGUAACCAGAGAUGACAAUGACCAGACCCCACCAGCCCCGCUACGUCGGCAGGGGCUGCAGGGCGCCGGGCUCACUAGUGGUUGAACCCAGCAGAAGCAGAGCGUGUCAGCCGACAACCUCUCAUCUCCCUGAUGAGGAAACUGAGGCCCAAGGUACCCGAGUACAACCUUUGAUGACUUUCAAAUGUGUUUGUAGUGAAAUUUUUCAAAAGAAGAACAAAACUGACCUAAGUGGAAAGGCAUACUAAUACAAAUUUUAUGGGAGUUUAGAAUUUACUAUAGACCUGCCCAUAACUUAUCCUUGGGCACUAAUUAUGCAAACUCACAAGAUAUGUGUGUAUACAUAUGCAUAUCUAAUUUAUCAGGCUGUAAGACAGGCUGAAAACUUAAAUGUAUACAUGCUCCUAAUGUCACCAUAUGUGUUCAACUUUUCUCCUUUAAAGUAUUUAUAGAAAUAUAAAUUAUACAUUUUUUAAAUGUUCUUUUUACUUUCUCU